GGCAAGCACGUACCGCGAUAAGGAACAUAUAUAAUAGCAGGAAGGUAAAUACAUCUUACCCCCCGCGAAGUAAUAGAAGCCUCCAAUAGACUACCGAGCCCUUUGGCCUGCAUAGCGCAGACGGUUGCCGCAGACUCUACCUUUUUUUGCUUUCUCACUGCCCUCUCUGGAAAAUGCUGGCUCGGAGUCUGCUGUUGCUGCUUCUGGUGGUCAGUUCGGCCACGGCGACGAGACUAAACUCCCUUGAUCUUGACCACGACGACAUCAUCGGUACUUAUGACGACAUCAAGGACCUGUUCUUCAAUCUUGACGAAGGUGAGUCGUGCCUGAGCAGCGUGCAGUGCCAGCCGGAGAUGUGCUGUCAGAGAGACACGUUCCUGGUGGGAACCCGGACCUGCAGGCAGUACUCUGACGAGGGCGAGCCUUGCCAAGUUCAACACCCGUACGACCUGUACUACGCGUGCCCGUGCCAGCCAGGGCUGAGAUGCAUUGUGCCCAACCCGGGCUCCCUCUCCUCUGUCCUCAACAUCGAGAUCGGCGUGUGCUCGCAGGGAGGGGACCCCAUCGUCACAGGGCGUUGACCCCGGCGUCACCAAGACGGCUCCGCCCCUGUGGCGCGGCCAAAAAUGAAUAAAAACUCGCCGUGGAAUUCUUCACACUUUUCUGACAAUGCAAACAAGGGUAUGGCAUCUGCACAAUUAAAAUCGCCAUUCCCCCAUUGCGAAUGUUCUUCUUUAUUUGUUUAUCUACUUGUUAGAAUUCUGCACAAGUUUACAGGUGAAAGGGAGGGCAAAACAGGUUGAUGUGCUUUGUUGUGUGCAUUGUGCAGAAUAUGUAUUAUCGUAUGGUGUUACCAAGAACCAGGGACCAAGGACAUUAUAUAGCGGGAUAUAAAAUCCUUGGUGUGACCUUUGCAUAUUGCAGUCUUAUCGGAUUUUAGCCAUACACGUAUGUGCUUCUCAUUGCACUACAGAAUAACUGUUUGAACCAUUGAGUUAUAAUGUCAGGCAUUUUUUUCUAAAUGUAUGUUUGGAAGAAGUAAUAAGUGAGUCCUUUCUAAAUCUUAAUUGGUAGCUGCCCCUGACUGAGUCGAACUACGUGGACUAGAAUAUAGUUGAAUCAAUAAAAUUAUACAAGUG